UCCAAAUUCCCGUUCUAGCGCCUCUCUCUCGCUCAGCAGCUCUUCUUCAAACCCUAACGCCGAGACCAGUCGAUAUCGGCGACGUGAUUCUCUCUGGUUUCUCCUCGUAAUCCUGAAAACUCCGCCGCGGAUUUAGUCUUCAUUGGCGAUCCCUCCUCCGAAGAUGUCCGUCCAUUGCUUUUGAUUUAGGUCAUCGGACCUGAAUCCGAUUUGUUGCUCUGAAGAAGACCAAAAGAGUCAUCUGCUAAGCUAUUUCGUGAGAAUCUGUAAGAUUGUUUUGUUUCGGAAGCUCUCUAGAGCUUUUUAUGAGAGAGACGAGAAGCUCUGCAUUAUCCAUGGAGAUUUCAGUUUCCUCUCCGAAGCAGAGCGUGUUAUCUUCAUCAGAUUGUAUGAGCGACCCUGAGGAGGAGCACGAGAUCAGCGAGGAGGAGGAUGAUGACGAUCGCAACCACAAGCACCGUAAGAAAGAAGAGACGAGUUCUCAGUCCUUGGAACAAGGCUCUUCAGAUCAGGCUUUCUCGCGUCCCUUCAGGAGAAACAAUAGGCAUUUUGAGAAUGGCAGUGAACAUGAGAAACGGUCUCUAGGGGCGGGAGGAUCAGGACACCGUGUACAGUUUGAUAACCAAAGAUCAAGAUCAAACCCUGGUAGAGGUAGAGGAAGUUAUGGUUCUUGGAGUCAGCGUGACUCCAGGUUUAAUCAUCAUGUUGAUCUCUCAUCUCAUAUGGUUCCGGGGAUGUUUGGAGGGAGGGGGAUGGCUGCUCAAACCGCACCUUGGCCUGGGUUUGGAAUGCUUCCUGGAGUUCCGAAUGGUGGCUUGGAUGGUUUCCAUCACUUGCAAGGGCCUCUAGGACCGCCGUUAAAUGGUCCAAUCAACAUGGGUAUUCCUCGGCAGCGAUGUAGAGACUUUGAGGAACGUGGGUUCUGCCUCAGAGGGGACAUGUGUCCCAUGGAGCAUGGAAUCAAUCGUAUCGUUGUUGAUGAUGUUCAGAGUCUAUCACAAUUCAACCUUCCCGUUUCUGUCCCUGGUGGACCUCAUAUGGCAGCUUCUUCCAAACCAGUGCCUGCACAGUUUGGGGAUGGUAAUUUCAUGAAUCCGAAAGGAGCUCAUGGGAAGACCAAUGAGGGUGGAAUGGCUGUUGAUGGUAUGGGUUAUGGUGAUGCAUAUCCUAGUGCAGGUGGAACUGAUUCUUACGAUCCUGAUCAACCCUUGUGGAAUAACAGUGCUGGUGAAACUUCAGGGGCAUUAUCUGCACCAAAUUCUCAUGGGAUGGAUGAGAAUGUCGCUCCAGUGGAUGACAAUAACCAAGAUGGCGCUGUAAAUACAUGUGGUAUUCGAGAAUCAAGAAACAAUCAGUCGGGUUGGGGCAGAGUGCGUAAUAGUCAAGCAAAUUUCAAAGAGAAAGGUGAUACUGUAUUAAAUUCAUCAGCUGGUCUUGAAGGUCAAUCGAAGGAGAUCUCAGUUAGUUUAUCCCGCCAAAACAAUGUUGGGGGAAGUGUCGCAAAAGUUGUUGAUUCAUCAAACACUUUAAUUGAUGCAGUGAAUAAUACAAGAACACCAACGCAAAAGGCGAUGCGGACUCUGUUCGUGAAUGGUGUUCCUCACGAGAGCAACAGAAGGGACCUCAUUCUUGCCCAUUUUCAGAAAUUUGGGAAAGUUAUUGACAUUCACAUCCCAGCAAAUAGUAACCGAGCAUUUGUUCAAUUCUCAAAACGUGAAGAGGCCGAGUCUGCUCUCAGGGCGCCUGAUGCUGUAAUGGGUAACCGCUUUAUCAAACUUUGGUGGGCAAAUAGAGAUAGUAUACCUGAUAAUGGCCUGUCCACUGGGAAUGGUGCUUUUAUGAAGGGUCGUGGUGUGGGUGCUUCUGGAGGACAGAACCAGAUUCCUAUUGCUGCAGCAUCGAAAAGCAACCAUGUAUCUCUUACUGCGAAAGGGCCUGCCUUCCACCCUGGUGGAGCUCCAUUAUCCUCUCAACAGCCUAAGCCUGUGGGGGUCACUAGUGGUCCCAAGGUUACGCCGCUUCAGCAGAAAAAAGCAGACACUCUUGAGCAGUUGAAAGAGACACUUCGGAAAAAGCAGGAAAUGCUGGAUCAAAAGCGUAACGAGUUAUGCAAAAAGUUGGCGACUCUUCAAAAACAAGAAACGGGUGUUAAGGACGAGGAAGCAGAUGAGCCAGAUGCUAAGCGCGUUAAGGUGGACACAGCCUCUAACUCCGGUGCUGCAAUCCCAUCACCAAAAACAGAGUCAUCGACUGAGAAGAAAGGGCCUAUCAAGAAACCACUUUCUAUUGCUAGACCAAGCACAGAAACGCCCGAUUCAAAAAACUUAAAGCAAAGACCGUAUUCGUAUACCACAAGUUUGAACACUCCUAUGGUAAAUAGGUAUAAGUUGGACAACCGCACGACUACCAUCAAAGUUGUCCCUCCUUUGCCAACGGGGUUAGCCGAUGUUGCUGUCUUGAAGGAACAUUUCUCUUCUUAUGGCGAGGUCUCAAAAGUGGAACUCGAAGACAAUGCAUCGGCUGAUAGUGGCAAGGAUCAGGAUGAAACACAUAACAAAACCCUUGCAGCCUGUGUGACAUUUGUGAAACGCAGCGCAGCUGAGAAAGCGUUUGCUAAUGCAAAGUCUUGGCAAGAACACACGUUGCAGCUCGUGUGGGUAACACGUCAAAUCAAGAAAGAGAAUAAAAGUAGCAGUGACAAGAAUAAUCCCUCUGUUUCUAGUGACCACCUUAGCAGCAAAAACAAGUCCGCUGCUUCUGUUUCUAAUGACCCGAAACCAGAAGAUGAAGUCAAAGCCUCUUCUACAGAAGAACCAAAGAGCACAAAUGUCUCUGGAGACGACAAUACAUUGAAUGAACAAGCGGCCAAAGAAAGCGACAAUGACAACAAUAAAAGUAAUAGCGAGUCCAUCGAGGGAGCUGAAAAGGUUGCAGCGCCAGAAAGUAAUGAAGAACAGAUGAAUGGUUAAGCUGGGCAAGAAGACUGUCAGUGAGGUAAUCUUUUGUCUCAGAAAGAUAAUCUUUUAUUUGUUGGUGAAUCUGGUAUACUGAUCUUUUAGGCUUUUUAGCCAAUCAGUGAGACAUUAAUAUUUGUUGGUAGCAAAAGAUAUAUUUAUAGUUUUUUCCUCUAUAUGGAUAGUAGAAGUGUAUUGUUACAUUUGGCCUUCCAAGAACAGUGGUUGGGUCUUUGUAUCAGCAGAUCUUUGUUUUCCUCUGUUGUUAGCUUCUAUAACAAUCUUGACUUGUGUUGUACAUACAUAGUUGGACUUCGAGACUUGCUUUAGUCGAGUCGAAGAACGGUGUGGAAUCUAUAAAACGGCACGCAUUUUUGAAGUUUA